ACCUCCAAGCCACACAAUCAUUGUGAAUGGAAAAGAAUGCAUCAAUUUUGCAUCCUUUAAUUUUCUUGGUCUCUUAGAUAAUGAGAGAGUUAAGGCAGCAGCACUGGCAUCACUUAGGAAAUAUGGUGUUGGGACAUGUGGGCCAAGAGGUUUUUAUGGUACAUUUGAUGUCCACUUUGGAGUUAGAAGAGAGACUUGCCAAAUUUAUGAGAACUGAAGAAGCAAUCCUUUAUUCAUAUGGAUUUGCUACCAUUGCAAGUGCUAUCCCUGCAUAUUCAAAAAGGGGGGACAUUGUAUUUGUGGAUGAAGCUGCAUGCUUUGCAAUUCAGAAGGGGCUGCAGGCAUCAAGAAGUAGCAUCAAGUACUUUAAACACAAUGAUAUGAAUGACUUGGAGAGAUUGUUAAAGGAACAGGAAGUGGAAGACCAAAAGAAUCCACGCAAGGCCAGAGUGACAAGAAGAUUUAUUGUUGCAGAAGGAUUAUAUAUGAACACAGGUGACAUAUGCCCUCUUCCACAACUGGUUGAGUUGAAGUACAAAUACAAAGUAAGAAUAUUCCUGGAAGAAAGCCUCUCCUUUGGAGUACUAGGAGAACAUGGACGAGGAGUAACUGAGCAUUUUGGCAUCAAGAUUGAUGACAUUGAUUUGAUCAGUGCAAACAUGGAGAAUGCUUUGGCUUCAAUUGGAGGUUUUUGCUGUGGCCGAUCAUUUGUUAUUGAUCACCAGAGACUUUCUGGACAAGGCUACUGCUUCUCAGCCUCUCUGCCUCCUUUGUUGGCUUCAGCUGCCAUUGAAGGUCUUAACAUUAUGGAGGAAAACUCAGAAAUCUUCUAUACUUUGAGAGAGAAGUGCAAGCGCAUCCACAAAGCAUUGCAAGGUAUUCAGGGUUUGAAAGUUGUGGGAGAGAGCUUCUCCCCCGCAUUUCACCUGCAGUUAGAGAACAGCACCGGAUGCCGGGAAAAAGAUGUGAAACUGCUACAAGAUAUUGUAGAUCAUUGCAUGAAUAGAAAAAUUGCCUUAACCCAAGCUCGUUAUUUGGAAAAAGAAGAAAAAUAUCUUCCACCACCAAGCAUAAGAGUGAUAGUCACCGUAGAACAAACCGAUGAAGAACUGAAAACAGCUGCCUCUGUGGUCAAGCAAGCUACAUCAUUAAUACUAAAUUAAAUAUUUUUCUGGGGACAAUGCAUCUCUCGUAAUUUUGAGCUUGUCCUGACGAUGGUAAUGUCUUCAACGGUAUAACGAAUCCAGACCGAAGUGCUUGCAUAUCUAAUGAUGAAAUGUUAGAGCAGCGUACAUUCCGGGACUAAGGGGGAGAAUAGGCAGGAAAACUGCCGAACAAAUAUAGCAGAAAACCAAAUCGUGGUACAUGCACUUAUGUUGUUUUGUGCCUUUUUUUACUGCUGUUGCGCUGUGAUUUUUCUACUUUUUUAAGAACUGUUUACAGAAAUAAAAGGUGACUUAUUCCCUGUCGUAUAUCUGCAAGUGCACGAUAGCAUCACUUUGGAAAUUUUAAUGUUUCUUUUAUUACAAAAUGCAAACUGUAUGUGUCAGCAGUCAGUGGGGAUGUAAAUAUUUCAGCUGUAUAUUAAUAUACAGAUAUAUACCCAUUUGGAUAUACAUAAUGCACUGAUUUCGGGGUGUAUUCAUUCACUGCUUCCAAUUAAAACCAAGAAUAAUUUGAGAUGUUAAUUUUAUUUGUGUAUAAAAAUAUAGAUUUACACACUUUUAUAAACUAAUGCAUUUUCCUA